ACUGAGUUUUGCCGCUUGUUUCGCUAUAGUAACAUAUGACUGUUUUGACUGUUAUAAAAGGUGGUUCAGAGGUUAAAAUAGAUUGUAUUAAAAGGCAAAAUCAAUUCUUUGUCAAAGCCUCCUGUUUAAAACAUGCAGACGGAGAAAGUAGAAGAAGAGGAGGAUGCUCCUGAAGAGUAUGUUGCCCUGUGUGAUUUCACUGCAAGCGGCUCUGAGCAGUUGAGUUUCAUCACAGGAGACAAGCUGCUUGUGCACAACAAGUCUUCAGCAGAUUGGUGGUGGGCAGAACUGCAGGGGGUGAUCGGUUAUGUUCCUGCCAGCUAUCUGCGCCUGGAUGGUGCUGAGGAGGGGGACGACACCUCAUUAGAGGAUCCCUGGCAGGAUGACGAAUACUUCGGCAGCUAUGGGACACUGAGACUUCACCUGGAGAUGCUGUCGGACCGGAGCCGGACCGAGACAUACCGGCAGGUUAUUGUCAGCAAUAGCGCUUCACUUAGGGAUAAAGUGGUGAUGGACCUCGGCUGUGGGACUGGCAUUAUCAGCAUGUUCUGUGCUCAGCUGGCCAAACCUUCUAUGGUGUAUGCUGUAGAGGCAAGCUCCAUGGUGGAGCACACCAGACAGCUGGUGAAGCAGAACGGCUGUGAGGAGGUGGUCACUGUGCUCCAGGGGCGAGCAGAGGAGCUUGAGCUGCCAGAGCAGGUGGACAUCCUGGUGUCUGAGUGGAUGGGCAACUGUCUGCUGUUUGAGUUCAUGGUGGAGUCGGUCCUCUUGGCCAGGGAUCGCUGGCUCCGGGAUGGUGGUGUGAUGUGGCCCUCCUCAGCAGCUUUAGCUCUGGUUCCAUGUCAGGCCGACAACUACUACACAGAGAAAAUGGCCUUCUGGGAGCGACCUUAUGGCCUGGACUUCACACCACUACAGCCUUUGGCACAGCAGGAGUUCUUCACCAAGCCAAAGUUCAGCCAUCUUAUUGACCCUGAGGACUGCCUCUCUGCUCCCUGUGAUGUCAUCUGCCUUAACAUGUACACUGUACAAGUGAGAGACCUUGAGGAAAUGAAGGGUGAGUUUCAGUUUUGUGUGGAGAAGCCUGGAAUUUUCCACGGAUUCACGGCCUGGUUCACUGUUCAGUUUGAAAGCCUGGAGAUGGGAGGAGCAACAGUGGAGCUCAACACCGGACCAAACUCAGAUCCAACCCAUUGGAAGCAGACUUUGUUCAUGCUGGACAGGCCGAUCCAGGUGUACACCGGAGACUCCAUCCAUGGAAACAUUGUCCUGCGCAGAAACCCAGUGUGGAGACGCCACAUGACCGUUAUGUUGCACUGGAACAUCAACAGCAACACGGACGACUGCCAGGCAAAUAUCUCACUAAACAUCCAUAUUCAUAAAUGUGCUGUUGUUUUCAUGACUUUUGUUCACUUUCUCCUUACAUUUAUAGGCUGGAACAAAAAGUUUCCCCAUGUGGAGGUGACUGGUUUGUGGCGAAUCAACAGUAAACCAGUCAAAUAUGUCCACUCUUUGCCCAUGAGCUGCUGCUGACCAGUAAUCAGAAGCAGUUACUGAAAAUGUGACACCCAGGGUGCUACCUGGCAGGCCAUUUGAGUCUUUAGUGAUGCAACUGAUCACUAAAGGGACAGGUGGUCACACAACAGGUCAUUCUUUAAGAGCAGCAUGUGACUGAAAAGAAGAAAUUGAGGAGUCACUGAUAGAGGAAAAUAGGGGUCAUGAAAGAGUAGCAAGAAACUCUUUAAGGUACAACAGAAAAAAAUAUGUUUUAAUCUUUAUUCUACUCAAAGAUUAGAUUUAAAGAUUUUUUACAAUGGUUUAAAAAAAGCUUAAUUUACAUUUUCACUUAUUUAACUGAUAUUCAAUUAUUUAAACACCUAAAGAUAAGAUUUUUGUUAAUUAGCUUUUCAUGUUAAAGUAAGCAAUAAAUUAAGAAUUUGUGGAUUACCAGUAACAAGCUAAAGUAAUAAUUUAAAAAGUCGAAACACUUCUGUUGAGGUGCACUACUAAUCUGCUGGGUAAAAAUUGUCUUCUACACUUAGACAAUAUUUGCAUAAAGCACAAGUCAGGGUUUGGUAACUAAAGCCAGCAACAUUAUAAAGAUAAAACUGUUAUAAAAAAUACAGCUUGUAAACUAUGAUGGGCAGCAUGUAUUACUUUUGUUACUCCACAAAGAAUGUCAAAAAAGUCCAACACCUCACCAUUACAUUUAGUUGGUGAAAAUGAUCAAGAUUGUGCAUUUCCACUGUAGGAACCUUUCCCAGGAACUAGGGUAGUAUUCAUAUUUUAGGGCUUAUUAUUGUCACUGCAGUUAAUGCAGGGUUUAUUUUUUUUAGCUCCUGUAUCGUCUAUAUCUUAUGGUAAUUUUAAAACAUAAAAAGCAGUAAUUGGCAUUUUUGUUUGUCAACACAACAUUUAAAUCCAUCCAUAGGUGUUGAAUAUCAGUGUUUUACACAGUAGCCAAUUUUAAUACAUUAUUCAAGUCUCGUAACCUUAAUGAAAAUCAGUAAACGAUAAGGAGGUAAUGCUGUCAAAGCUAUUUUGUUACGAGUUUAAUCCAUUUUAUGUGUAAUUUCAGGAUUCAAGUCAAAAAGAUCGCCACCUCAAGAGUCUAUCAUUAAAUCUAUGCCUUAAUGACACAGAUGCAGCUCUUUUGAGACUCAGUGCUACUUUAUUCGUUAUAAAUAUAUAUGGAUUAUUACAAUCCGAGUUUUAUUUUAUUUCAUCUGCUGUGUUACAUAUCUACUGAGUAAAAACUGCACAAUGAGCAUGGCUCUAGAUCACAAGGUUUGUAAUAUUUAGCUUUUUCCACCUUUCCUGUUGCCCUAAAAACGUUUCUAUACAGAAAAGUCUGAGAGAAAUUCAAAUAAGCUUGUCACAGUUAUUUCUUUUUUAUUCUAGAAGUCCAUAUCUUUUUUUUUUGCUUUCUCGUCUCAAUUGUAGGAGGAGGUCUGUAUUCAAAGAAUAGUGAAGAUGAGCACCAAUGGCUCAGCUGUAAGAGUGACACUCAAAGUAAACUUUUGGACCUCACAGUGGAAAUGCACAAAUCUGACAUAAAAAAACAACAUAGAAACACUCCAAUAAAUAAUGUUCCACAUGCUCAAAAUAAAACAUAUUUUUGCUCAGACCUGUAUUUAAAAAUUAAAAUAAUAAAUAUAUGGUAUAGAUAGCAUAUUUGUAAUUCUAUUUUUUUCUGUAGCAAAAUAAAUGAUCGUUCCUUUGCUAUUUUUAAAUAAAACAAACAAUUAUGUUUUUUAUUUUCAAAUAUUCUUUUCCUUAGUUCUCUUACCAUGAUAUCUCAUAUUGGGCCGUACCUUUUACAAAAAUGUUGUAUAGCUUUGCACACAUGGGGCUGUAGAUAAUAAAAUUAAAUUACAAAAUGAGAUGAAAGGACAGGUAUGUUCUGUGUGCACAAAUAUUAACCAAGUAAUAGAGGGGGGUGCAAACUGUAGAGGAUUUGAGAAGAAUCAAGAGAAGCUACCAAGAACUACAUUUAUCUUGUAUUUCUAUUAUAUUCCAUAACUGCAUCCUAUAGAGGAUGUCGGAAGAAAAAUGUACAGUGAAGAAAAACAGUCCGCCAUGUUGGAUUAACCGAGAUUAACUGAGGUAUAAGAUGCUCAGAGACGUGACAAAGGUAAGGAAGGCUAAAACCUGAACAUCACAAAACAAGAAAAAUAAUCUGAAGCAUAUGGACUGUGCCAAGAAAUAUCUGAAGACAGAUUUUUCAAAGGUUUUAUGGCUUGAUGAAAUGAGAGUGACCUGAUGGACCUGGUGGAUGGACAUGUGGAUCAGUAAUGUGCCAGAGCUCCAAGUCAGACGUCAAAGUGGAGCCCAUUAUUAAAGAUGACGUUUGGAUCUUAUCGGGUUGAAGAUGGACUCAAAAUCGACUCCCAAAGAUACGGCAGUUUUUUUAAGAUACUUUCUACAGGCAGCAGUACAGGAAGAAGUCUACAUCUUUCAAAGAGACAAUGAUUUUUAUGCAGGAUAAAGGCUAGCCAGAAAAGGUGUUAAAGAUGGAAAACUGCUGACAGAUGUUGCUCACCUGACCUGUGGGCAGUUAAACAGGAAAUGUACAGUGAAGAAAAACAGUCCGCCAUGUUGGAUUAAACAAGAACACUAUGAAUACUGUAUGUUGACUAAUAAAAACAAGGUUUGCUUGAUAAUUGUGAA